UCAUCUGCCCAACUGCCUUUCCAGAUCUCCGCUCUCCAUCUCUGAGGCAAGGCAAGGGCCCUGGGAUCAGCUCAGCACCACCCCGAGCUCCUGGGUUCUCCUCUCUGGAGUCCCUCCCUUCUUUGCCUAUCUGAACUGGGGGGCGGGGCUGCUGGCUGGUUUGAGCUCCACCCUCAGCCCCCAUCCAAUCACAGUUCCUCCUUCUGGGGGCUGGGCCGAAGGGCUGCACUCCAAGCUGCCAGCUCUGGCACUAGGCUCCCAGCCCAGGGAAGAUGUGCUGCCGCUUCUGUCACCGCUGGCAACCGCCCUGUGCACUGGGGCUGUUGCUGCUGCUGCUGCCGCCCCUUGGUGAGUGCCGGCGUGCUGGACCCAACCCAGUCCACACACCCCCUCCCCAGGCUGGGUGUAGGUUGUGUGGGAGCUGAGGCACAGCCCUCCUGAGCGCUGAGAGUCAGGGUGGAGAGGAGGUGAGGGCUCCAGGGAGGGAUUGUGUGCCAGUGGCUUCAGGAUGUAAAGUGAGGGUGGGAACUGAACCCUAGUUUCGGAGGGAAGAACCCCCAAAUUCCACAGUCCCCAUCCUGAUAAGGGGAGACUUGACCUCUUGCGGGACUCCCAGACCAACCGUGGGAUCUCUGAGGUCCUCUCUUAGGGUCGAACCUGGAUCCCAACCCCCUCUAUUCUGCCCUACCCGUCAGAAAACACCUGUCUCUGGGGAGGGGAUGGAAAGGCCAAACAAAGAUUGUCUAGGCUGCAGAGAAACUGGAAGUUGCCAGGGGACCUGCCUCCUUUCACCAUGUACAUACUCUCAUUUGGACCAUUCUCACCUGACCUGGGACCCAGCAGCUCGGAAGAAGAGCCAACUCCUGGGACGAGGCUUCUCCUUCCCCCAUCCCCACCUAUACUGUCCAGGUCUGCCUAGAAGGGGGCAGAGGCAGGUGGUCCCCAGAUGUGCCCCUUAGUUCCCUGGGGCACCCCUUUCACGCUGAGUCACGUCCCCAGAAUGCUCCCUGUCCUUGUAUCUCCCCUGGCAGCAACUACAGCGGUCCCAGGCCGCUGUGACACCAUAUACCAGGGCUUUGCCGAGUGUCUCAUCCGCUUGGGGGACGGCAUGGGCCGCGGAGGUGAGCUGGAGAGCGUCUGCAGGUCUUGGAAUGAUUUCCACACCUGUGCCUCGCGAGUCCUGUUGGGCUGCCCUGAGGAGGCCGCCGCCGUGUGGGAGUCACUACAGCAAGAAGCUCGCCGGGCCCCACACCCAGAUAAUUUGCACACUCUGUGCGGCACCCCUGUACGCCUUCAGGAGCACGGGGCGGGCCCAGAGACCAACCAGGAGACGCUGCGGGCGACAGCGCCAGCACCCACUCGGGUCCCCGAGCCCCCUCUGCUGGCGGCUGCUUUGGCACUCGCCUGCCUCCUGGGUCCUCUGGCCUAGCCGGUCUGGCCGGGUAGCAGCGUGUCCCCCCCCCCCCCCCCCCUGCCCCCCCCACCCGCCCUGUCUCGAAAGCGCUCGGCUUUCAUUAAAUGUAUUUAUAUUUGUACCAAGCUCCUUCCUUUCUUUCCACUGUGGCCCACCUGGCUGGGGUGGAGGCCUCAAGAAGCUGAUCCCCAGGACGAGAUGGGCGGGCUGAAGACCACCAUAGGGGACUCAGUCUUUCUCUUCACAAACACUCAUUUCCCAGGGGCAGUGCAGAGCUUUCCAUUGCCAGCAGGUUCCAAGACUUCUGGUGGUGACCCAAGAUGUGUGGGAAUGCACAUAUUUCUCUGUUCUCCUGGGCUGGGAGAACUCCUAGCCCUACCUGCCCCUCCUGUCCUGGCCCCUAGGGGCCAUGUGAGGUGAUAGAGUGUCCGCACCCCCACCCUCAGCCAGUCCACCCCCCUCCCCAGGUUCUUUCCAGUUUCCAGGCUCCUGUCCAUCUCACCUCCUCUUCCCUCUGCUGAACUACCACCUUAGCCUUCAAGACACAGUUCAGAUUAAGUACCCUUUCCUCUCCUUCUCUGGGGUCCUGAUUAAUCUAAGGGGAGCCUGUUCCAGAAGAUGGGGAGCCCCCAUUGGAGUCUACAUUCAAGUACCUGAGGUGACCUGGAGCUGCAGAAAUUGGGGUCACGAUGAGGGUUCCUCUGGCCUUACGCUCUCCACAAGCUUGUUCUUUGAGAAGAGGUGUGCAGCGUGAGGUCAGAACAAUCCCGGAAGGCUUUCUGGAAGCACAGAGGAGCCCCAGUUCAUCAUGGUGGAGAAGAAGAGCAAGAAUCAGAACGGGCAGAAUCCUGAGGGAAGGAGGAGGCCUCAGAGAGGGUGAGACCCUCUAUUGAUCAGUCAUCUACUGUCCCUGCCAGGACCCUCUUCCAAGCCAUCACCCCACGACUUGUGUGGGCACUGCCAUGGCCUCCUCACUGGCUUCUACUCUCACUCCCUCCACUUUAUUCUCCAUUUUCUAAAUUGAAAAACUGAUCCUGAUAUUAAACUCCUUUUCAUUGUCUAUAAGGCCCUAUGUAAGCCAGCUAUGUUUAUAUAUAGGACAUUUUAUUCAGUCUACUCCUUCAACUCCCCCUCUAUAGUAGCACAGAGGAGUGAUCUACCUACUCAGUCCUUGGGUUAAGGGGAGGUUUCAGAGAAGGACCAUGAUAGAGGGUGAUAGGAGGUAAGGAUACAAGACUUACAAAUGGUGGAGGAGAACUGGGGCUGAGUUGGAGAGGACUUUACAAGAGGGGCCCAGGCAAUCAGCUGGGAGGGGAGGAGUGGUGGGAGUCCAGAACUUGGCAGGCCAGGUUUGCACUAAAGCCCAUGCUGGGAGGUUGUUGGCCCUAGGACAGAAUCAGGCCUGAUAGGACGCUUGACUAGGCUCCAGGGUGACAGGUGCCUCCAGAGACCUCCACCCUACUUUAUCAUGUAGGAGCCCUACUUCAGCAACGCUUCCCAAACACCCUCCCAUUCCAGUUAGCUAAGAUGCCUCAGUUAACUCACUCUCUGCCCUGUCUUUUCUCCUGUACUUCAUUCACCUGUAUUUUUAUCCCCACUUCUCUCUCUCUCAUCCAUUCCUUACCCAUCUCACAUCACCUGAAGGAGAAGGUUCAGGAAAAAAACCCUCCCAGAUCCACCCCCUUUGACCACCAGUAUCUUCCAGAAGGAAAGGCCAGCCUUUUAUUCUUUGUACAUCUAUUCUCUGUGCUCAGAAUAACCUUCCUCAUUUCCUCCUGGUGAACUCCUACUUCUUGUUCAGUAUCACCUACCGCCUCCCUAAUCCUGACUCCAAGCUGAAUCAGAAGCCUCCUUCAGGUCCACAGAGCUCCUGGGCUUUCUUCUGUCUCUGUACGGAUAACACUGGUUCACUGGCUUCUUACUGUCUGGGUCUAGGUCAGAAUUCCCCACUCUGGAUUCCCCAAGUGUCCUCUUUGUGUCUCUAGCACCCAGCCUAAGGCUGGGUAUAAAGAGUGUACUUGUGGGAGUGCGUGAAAUGAAAAACAGAAUUGCUAAAUCCUGCAUAGGAAGUGUUACAGUCAGCAAAAGCUUGGACUGAGAAUGACUUCAGUAUGGAGGAUGUGUCUUCUUGGGGCAGCCCUCUUAACCUGAGCAUACUAUUUGGAGGGAUGGUGCUGGGGCUCCAAACCCCAAAAGUCUUUCUAGAACCACUCUUACUCUUGGUGGGUGGCCAGGAGCAGGCCGCUUCCAGGAGCAGGGGCUCGAUUGUGUUGGCCAGCCAUCAAAGGGAUUACCAUCCUCCUGCUGUGACCUACUUUCCCCUGGUUUUUGCCCCCUAAGUCCCUGCUCUUCCCUGGAAUUGAGUGACCUGGAGUGUGUGCAGGGGGGUGGGGUUGGGGACAGAAUCUGCUCUCUGGCCAGGGGCUUAAGAGCUUUGUGUGUUUUAUCCCAGAGCUGCAGGAAAGGGGUGGGCAGAGAGCCAAGUGGGCUGAGCCCUAGACACAGCUGCCCAGGCUAGAGCAUCAUGAUAAUGGUGCUUCUCAUGUUUGCAGCUCUGCAGACAUGGAACAGCUUAUUGUUCAGGGGAGAAUCUGGGGGUUGGAUAUCCUGAGCCCAGUCCCCUCUGCAUCAAUAUACCUCUUCAUCUCAGGGCCCCCGUGUUCUUCACCAGAGCCCAGGCCAGCACCUUCCAUAGCAAGGGCUCAAUAAACAUUUAUUGAAUUAAUUUGCUGAAUGUCUGUAAAAUAGAGGUGUUGUGUGGAUUUCUAAGCCCCAUCAACCCUGGAAUUCUAUAUUAUUUUCAACCCUCACAAUAACUGUGAGGUCAAGACUAUGAUCCCCAUUAUACAGAUAAGAAACAUGAAGCUUAAGGAGGGGAAGAUGUCUUGCUUAAGUUCAGUUCACACAACUGUGGAAGUGUCAGAGCUGGGAUAUGAUCCCAAGUUUGAUUGGCCCCUAAGUUCAUUCCCUUAAGCAUCACACUAGACAUAUGGAAAUAAUUUUUUAAGUUUUCUUUUUCCUUUUUAUUUAUUUUAUUUUUGGCUGAGUGGCCUGUGGGAUUUUAGUUCCCUGACCAGGG